AUGCGAGGAGAGAUGCUCAGCAGGAUCCACGACGGUCACCUCGGUCGAGAACGGGCCAAAUCUUCCAUUUGGUGGCCUGGUCUCAGCUCCGACAUACGGGAAGUCGUCUCAAGAUGCGACCAUUGCCAGCGGAAAUGUCCAGCACAACCAAGCGAACCUCUAAACCCGACAGCUCUACCUGAGCGGCCGUUCCAAAAGGUUGGUGUUGACCUCUGCAACUACGAGGGACAUGACUACCUGGUACUCAAGGACUACUUCUCAUGGUACUUGGAGGUGGGCUAUUUGCCAGACACUACCUCAGAGACUGUUGUGUACAAACUGAAAAACAUCUUCGCUCGGUUUGGCAUUCCAGAACUACUGGUGACUGACAACGGUCCCCAGUUUGUGUCAGACUGUUUCCACAAGUUCGUCAAGGGCUUGGGGUGUAAACACACAACCAGCAGUCUCCAUUUUCCCCAGAGCAACGGCGAGUUGGAGAGAGCAGUCAAGGAGGUGAAGAAAGCCCUGAGUCUGGACGACCCAUUUCUUGCCCUCCUGAUCUACAGGUCUACACCCGUGUCACCGACGGGGGCGAGCCCAGCGGAACUUGCUCUUGGGCGACGACUGAGGACGACCCUGCCAACUCUACCGUCAAACCUGAACCAGCAGGUCUACGACAGGGCGAAGAUUGCAGCCAGAGACGCUGAGUCGAAGCAUAAGUACAAACAAGCUUUUGACAGAGGUCACGGAGCCCAGAACCUCCCGGAGCUGAAUCCUGGUCAGCUCGUCCUGCAGAAGCUGGAGAACGACAAGGAGUGA